GGAGCCUGCUUGACACGCCUGCCGCUGCCAAGACAUCUCCAUCACCGCUGUCUGGACACAUUCUAGGGAACUAGGCUAGAGGGCACCAACGCAGAUUAUGGGAGAUUGCUGAGGUGCGUCCAUCAAAGGAGCUGUGUCUACGAAGCAGAGCAAUCAUUGCUGUUUAAUAACUAGAUAUCAAAUAUCACAUUACGCUGCCAGUAAGGUUACCUGAUGAAAGACUAAAGGCUUAGCCCACACUGUAACUUUUAUUAAGUUUCAUACAGCCUUGUUUUCUUUUCAUUCGUUUAUAAGAGCAUCGUCGGCUGAAAAGGCAAGUAAUGCACGUGAAUAUCCGGUUGGGAUUAGUUUAUUAAGGGAGAACGCGAAACCAACUAUCUCUUCUCUCCCGUGAAACACGCCUGGCGAUGACCGGUCUCUCUCUCCGCCCCGAGUCCUAAAGGGAAUUCGCUCCGUUUCUCAAGGGGCAGUCGACAUUCACCGUCCCCUGUUGAAUGAUAGACGCUCGAAAUGAAAAGUUUCCUCGGCAUCUCUCAGAUCUUCGCGACCCUGCUGUUCAACUUCUCACCUGCCCACUGUGCCCAGGCUUCUACCUCCCUCAGCAAAAACCAGAGUAAAGUGAUGGCGCCGCUGCUGUUCCAUGAGGUGUGGGGGCGCAGCCUGUGCCGCACGCUGGAGAGCAUGGUGGAGGUGGAGCAGGAGUACCCUGGCGUGGUCGAGUACGUCUUCAGCCCCGGCUGCGUUCUUCUACGACGCUGCUCCGGUUGCUGUAGUGACGAGAACCUGGAGUGCCACCCCACUCUCACCCAUAACGUCACCAUGCAGCUCCUGAGGAUAACUCCCUCUGAGAAAACCAGGAGCUACGUAGAGCUCAGCUUCAUGGAGCAUGACACCUGUGAAUGCAGGCCAAAGAGGAGUUAUUUGACCAACAAGAGUGGACGCAGGCUGGGGGGACGAGCCAGGAGGCGAAAAGACAGGAAACAAGGGAAAAACUGUGGCAAGUGUGUUCAUCCACGCAGCGUCUAGCGGGGACCUCUGCUUCCCCCUCAGAUUGACCGCGGGCUGCCGCCGGCCUUGGCACCACGUCAACCCGCACGCCCCAUGCCCACAAUGACAUCAUAAGAACACUAACUUCAAUGAACAGCAUGCCUGAUCCAUCAGCACACGUGCACGCAUGCAUCCGGAACAGGAGUGACAUCAUCACCUUAACAUCUCAGAUGAUUCUAUUGAACAGCUCUAGGCUCUGACAGGCUAGGGGCCAGAUCUGGGCCACAAGUCAGCCAGUUACCAUCUAGAUCAUCCUGCCAUUUAAAACAUUGACACAGAAUGAUUUUCUAAGACACCUUUGGGACCGAUUUGACCUUAACCAGAUGCAUUUCACAGCUCUUUUGAUAGACUAUGACCCCCAUCCUCAUACUACCAUCCCUGUGUUGACUGAUCGACAUAAGAGAAGUAGCCUAAUGUAUGAGACAGGUCUAGUUUCUGUGGGUGUCUACCUGUUUUGGACCACAGCAGCUGAAAGAGAUCCCUUUAUAGGCUAUAGCCUAUCUGAGACAAGGACACACAAUACCUUGAUCCCAGACAGAUCGUCUGCCAGCAUACUAAACAAUACUACCUGUGUGGGUUGGACCCAAGGGGAUGUCGGCUUAUGGGGAGUGGAUGAAAUAGCACCAAUGCAGAGGGCUGGACUGUCUGAAAAUGAAUAUUAUGUAAAUAAAGUAUGUUGAGUUCUUGAUUAAGUUUAUGUUGAAUGAUGGACUUGUAAAUAUGUCCUAAUGUGUUAUUAAAUGUAUGCAAUCAUC